GAGGCCGUUACCAUUUUCCGCCAUAACCAAUCUCCUACAACUUCUCCCAUCCACUAAUCCACUUCCAUUUCCCCCCUUUUCAUCCCCUCUCCAUUUCCCUCAAUCCGCCAUCGCCAUCCUUCUUCCUUCUCAUCAAACAAUACACACAGCCUUUUCCAUUGUUCCACAUCGAGAGGAAGCAGGUUUUCCCCCGCCUCCUUCCUCUUCCGCCAUGGCCUUCUUUCCUCUUCCGGCUUUCCUUUUUGUGCUAUUUGUUGUUCCAUUCUCAGUUGAAUCCAAGCUUUCUGUUGAUUAUUACCAGAAAACUUGCCCCGAUUUUGCCAAAAUCGUUCAUGAAACUGUCGCUAAGAAGGUUGUUAGUAGCCCAACCACCGCCGCCGCAACUAUGCGUCUCUUCUUCAACGAUUGUUUAGUUGGAGGCUGCGAUGGCUCUGUUCUCAUUGCUUCUAACACCUUCAACCACGCCGAGCGCGAUGCUGAAAUCAACCUCUCUCUUCCAGGAGAUGCGUUCGACGUCAUCACUCGAUCGAAGAUCACUUUAGAGCUUUCUUGUCCCGGAAUCGUCUCUUGCUCCGAUGUAUUAGCACAAGCGACUCGCGAUCUCAUCGCGAUCUCAGGCGGACCGUCGUACAAUGUUCGAUUAGGGCGGAAAGACAGCCUGGUAUCGAAAUCUUCCGAAGUUGAUGGCAACAUUCCGAAGGCGAAUCAAACAGUUGACGAGAUGAUUAAGCUAUUCACGUCGAAAGGAUUCACGAUUCAAGAAAUGGUAGCGUUGUACGGCGGACGCACAAUCGGAUUCUCAAAUUGCAAGGAAUUCAGCGAUCGGAUCUUCAAAUUCAGCAAGGCGACACCAACAGAUCCAGAGAUUCAUCCUAAGUUUGCAGAGGCUUUGAAGAAGACUUGUGAAGGAUAUGAGAAGAAUCCGGGAAUGUCGGCUUACAGCGACGCCGUAACGCCGGGGAAAUUUGACAAUGUGUAUUAUCAGAAUCUGCUGAGAGGAAUGGGGCUAUCGGCGUCGGAUCAUGCGCUGGUGAAGGAUCCGAGGACGAGGAAGUUCGUGGAGAUGUACGCCGGAAAUCAAGCCUUGUUCUUCAAGGAUUUUGCACACGCUAUGGAGAAGAUGAGCGUUCGUGAAGUGAAAACUGGUGGGAAAGGAGAAGUGAGGAGAAAAUGCGAUGUGUUCAAUUCAAUCCAAACUUGAAAGAAUAUUGUAAUGGCAUUUUGGCACAUCAUAAAUAAUUAUUUAAUUUCAUAAUUCGGUUUUUUCUUUUUUACGGGGGAUUUUUUAACCUCCUUUUUUGGUUUUUCCUUUUUGGUAAGGUUGAUUUGGAAAAGGUGAGUUAGAGUUUAUUGAUGGAACAAAAGGGAG